AUGGCCGCACAAAUCAGUACCGUCUCGGAGAGCCGAGAAGUCCGUGGCCUCAACCUCAUUGCUGCCCAUUCCCACAUUCGAGGGCUUGGUGUCGAUCUGGCCACUCUUGAACCGAGGGGCUCUUCUCAGGGAUUAAUUGGGCAAGAGAAGGCUCGCAAAGCUGCUGCAGUUAUUCUACAGAUGGUCAAAGAUGGAAAGAUUGCAGGGAGGGCAGUCUUGAUUGCAGGUCCACCAAGCACUGGCAAGACUGCAAUUGCUAUGGCCAUGGCGCAGUCUCUUGGUCCUGACGUUCCUUUUACACUACUGGCUUCCUCCGAGAUCUUUUCUCUCGAAAUGUCAAAAACCGAGGCUCUGACACAAGCUUUUCGCAAGUCUAUUGGGGUCCGGAUCAAAGAGGAGAGCGAAAUAAUCGAGGGAGAAGUUGUCGAGAUUCAGAUUGACAGAAGCGUCUCCGGUGGCAAUAAGCAAGGCAAAUUGACCAUCAAAACCACCGAUAUGGAGACUGUAUAUGACAUGGGAACGAAGAUGAUCGACUCGAUGACCAAAGAGAGAGUCAUGGCUGGAGACGUCAUCUCCAUCGACAAAUCUUCAGGGAAAAUUGUAAAGCUCGGAAGGUCGUACACAAGAUCAAGAGAUUACGACGCUAUGGGUGCGGAUACCAAGUUUGUCCAAUGUCCGGAGGGCGAAUUACAGGUUCGAAAAGAGGUUGUUCACACAGUCAGCUUGCAUGAGAUUGAUGUGAUUAACUCCCGCACACAAGGCUUUCUAGCACUUUUCUCUGGGGAUACUGGAGAGAUCCGAAGCGAGGUUCGAGACCAGAUCAAUACCAAGGUAGCCGAGUGGAAGGAAGAGGGCAAGGCGGAGAUCAUUCCCGGUGUUCUCUUCAUCGAUGAGGUUCACAUGCUCGAUAUUGAGUGCUAUUCGUACAUCAAUCGAGCCCUCGAAGCUGACCUGGCUCCCAUCGUCAUCAUGGCCAGUAAUCGCGGCAACACUCGUAUCAGAGGCACAGAUUACCGAUCACCACACGGCCUACCUCUGGAUUUCUUGGACAGAGUUGUGAUCAUCAGCACACAGGCUUAUGGGCCGGAAGAGAUUUCUCAGAUCAUUGCUAUCCGCGCACAGGAAGAAGAGGUCGACCUAUCUCCCGAUGCCUUGGCUCUUCUCACCAAAAUCGGACAGGAGUCUGGUUUGCGAUAUGCGAGCAACAUAAUAACCACCUCAACUUUACUGAGCCAGAAAAGACGGGCCAAGGAGGUGAGUAUUGAGGACGUUCAACGGAGUUACAAAUUAUUCUAUGACCCGGCAAGGUCUAUCAAGCUGGUGAAUGAGUAUGAAAAGCAAUUCAUCAGUGAUUCAGGGGAUGUCACUUUUGCCAUCAAUGGUACCAAUGGGACAAACGGCGAUGCGAUGGACACGGCGUGA